CUUCGAUUCACUUCAACCCUAAUGAUAUUAAAAAGAUCUUGAAAAGCCAAAGAGACGGCGAAAACUACUGACAACCAACCAAUGCGACGGAAGCGGACAAUGGCAGCGCUGUCCACCCACCAUCGGACAGUGGCGGACACCCUUUCCUCUAGAGCAGUUUCAUGUUUUGUGUCGUCUUGGGUGUGGUUCCUGCCGAUCCAGAGCUAGGAGAACGGAUUCGACGGCAAGUUGUUACUACUACUGUGGAGGAUGGCGCCGCCAUUGCUUGGAGGCCGUCCCAUUCGCUGGCUCCUGAUCCCGACAAGGAUGGUGUCAUGACACUGCUGUUGACGGCCAUGAGCGAAGAACCAGCCACACCCGAGUCCAUUGUCGCAGCGGCAGAAAAAGUUGUAUCAUCUUCGGCAGUAGUAGUAGAGUUGUGGGCAUCGGCACCGGCGCCAUUGCGAUUGAAACCCUUGGAGGGUUACCAAGAAAAAAUCACAGUGGCGACACCCCACAACCACGAGGAACCACCAUUUGCCCUUGCCAUGCGAGAAUGGGGGCUUGUCCUGCAACCACACAUUUUGGAUGCUGAGGGCAUUGCCGCAUUUCGCCUCGUGGUCGAUCAAGCCAUUGCCAAUAUUGAGACAGCCUUGGCCACACAACAACCCCAAUUAGCUGUUGGACAGGAUGCAUUUUGUUUUCAGGAAAUUGCCUCACGCAACAAGGAACGAUUUGAUUUGCGAUUGCAAGAACCCUCCAAAGUGGCACUGGUAAAGGAGCAUAUUAUUUCUGGUAACAAUCCACAAAUUGUCUCGAAUCUGAAAACCGCCAUGGGAAUCCACAAGGAUGCAGUCUUCCUAGAGGAAGUAGACUUUGAUCUUUCCGUCGUCUAUUCGCGGCCUGGGGCCUGUGCACAAGGAUGGCACGCGGAUGGAGAUCAUGUCAAAGGCGCACUAGAUGCGGGGUGGGAGGAAACGGGAUGGAAACACGCAUUGGCCGAUCCUUACGCCAUUUGCCUCUUUCUACCGCUCAUUGACUUGGACGAGACGGUCGGGUAUACGCAAUUCUGGCCCGCAUCGCAUCAACACCGAGCAUUGGCGGGCUUUGGUCCGGCAGCACACGUCACGGGGUCGGUCUGGAAUGGCGACGGCAAGGCGGGGGAUGGAAUCUUUUACGACUAUCGACUAUUGCACCAAGGCAUGCCCAACACUUCUGCCAAUACCCUGCGGCCUGUCAUUCAAAUCAUUUUCAAAAAGAAGUGGUACGUCGAAAAGGCAAACUAUGGAACUAAAAGUCUUUAUUCUAGCUAGUAGAUGACGACAAUGAACACCCGUACCGUAGACAUGACGACAGCGAAUGAAUAGAUAUGGUAUAGUUUUACCGUUGCAGGGACUAUCUCGUCGAGGAAGACGAUAGAGGGG